GUAAGUUCGCAAUAAUAAAUUUUAUUCAAUUUAGGUACAAAACAAUAGAAUUCGUUCUUUUACAGUGGCAUGUGUUGAAUUAAAUGCGUACUGAUGCAAAAACGAAAACUACCGUUUGUGGGACCGGUAUUCUAGCAACUGCUGUUAAAACAAUCUGUCUUGUGUCAGUAUAUUAUGUUUUCUCAAUCGGUCUCACGUUUUAUAAUAAAUGGAUGUUUAAGAGAUUCCAUUACCCUUUGAUGACAACAUGCAUCCAUUUCCUUACAAUUUUCAUUUUGUCCGAAAUUCUACGAAAUGUGUUUCGAAUUUGCCGAGAAAAUUCCCCAACAUUAGAUUGGAAAACAUAUGCAAGUAAAGUUUUCUUAACAGGUGUUGCAAGUGCCUUAGAUAUUGGAUUAUCAAACUGGAGUUUCGUUUUUAUCACUGUUUCUCUAUAUACGAUGGUCAAAUCGUCAGCAAUCAUUUUCAUUCUUGGAUUUUCUAUUCUUUUGCGGAUUGAAAAACCUAGAUUUUCUCUUGUGUUUGUCGUUCUUCUCAUUUCAUCCGGUUUGUUUAUGUUUGUGUUUGAAUCGACCCAGUUUAAUCUUGAAGGAUUCAUCCUCGUGUUGUCGGCUUCAUUUAUUGGUGGAAUCAGGUGGACAUUGAGUCAAGUUCUUACACAAAAGAAAGAACUAGGUUUAGGAAACCCAAUUGAUUUGCUUUACCAUCUUCAACCAACCAUGUUUAUUGCUCUCUUUCCUUUAGCUUUAUACCAAGAAGGUUUAUCUUUUUUUCUCUCGGGUCAUAUUUUUGGUGGCAAAACGUUUUCUGACAUUGCGUUAUCAGUUACAAUGAUAUUAUGUGGAGGUGCCAUCGCGUUCAUGCUGAGUUGCUCUGAGUAUUUAUUGUUGUGCAAUACGUCAUCACUUACACUUUCUGUAUCAGGUAUUUUAAAAGAAAUCGUGACAUUAUUGUUGGCAACCACGUAUAACGGAGACCAUCUUACCCCUUUAAACUGGGGUGGGUUCGUUGUAUGUUUGCUUGGGAUAUGUUUGCAUGUUUACCUCAAAGUAACAGCAGGUACCAAGGAUAAAGUUGACGCUUCGUUGGAAAUGAAAUUAUUACCAAACGUUGGAUCAUCUGAUAGUGGGAGUGAGGAUGAGAUAUUUACUUCUGUUAGGAGAUAAUACAACUUAUAUUUGUGCCAUGUAUUGACUGCAGGGGCGUAUUCAGGGGGUAUAUGGGGGACUGGACCUCCCCAUUUCCGUGAAAAAUCAUACAUCAUUUUAUAUUGAUACAGGAAGGGCCUAGACCUUUAGGCGACAGACCUGGGGUGGCAGGGUGUGCAGGCCAACCCUAGAAUUUUCUGCACUGCAUUAAUCAGUAAACAUAGGAACCAUAUUUGUUUGAUAGGAAUGUGCGUAUAACUAUCCAUACUCCCCCUGUGUUUUAAAAUAAAUAGUUUGGCGUAAAUAGUUUUUUUUUUUAAAUAAAAUAAAUAGUUUUUUUUUUAAAUAGUUUGGCGCCUAUGUAACCCUGGGCCCUCCUGUUUGUAGAGAACAUGAAAUUUGCAGCACAUCUGGGUUUCGAGUUUCAUGUAAACAAAUGUUUCAAAAUAGAGUUGGUCUCCAAUGUAAAUUGUGGACACGAACAAACUAUCGACACAUUAACAAUAUAUAUAUUUGUAUUUCAUCAUUUGUUUAUAGAAACAACUAUAUUUCUAACAAAAUGGAGUUGCACCUCAAAAUGUAUAUUCCUAGAUACGCCUCUGACUGAAUAGUACAAUUGUUUUUACUUCUACUUUAAAUUAUUGUGUAUGAAGUGCAAUACAUGGUGUGCAACAGUGCAACUUAACCACUGGGUCACCAUUUGAUUUGGUUGGGUCGCCUACUACAGUGGUUCACAAACCUUUUGAAUGUUAUUGUAAAAGUUAAAUCAUUUUAUUGAAUGCUUACAAAAGUUGUGUGAAAUGUAGUUUCGGAAAUUAGAUCGCCAAAGUUUUGUUAUUAAUUUAUGUUUAAUUUUUGUGUUGUACCAAAAAAAAGGUUUAGAAACACUGUGUUGCAAAAUUAAUUUAAGUAAUUUCAAAGCACAUUUCCAAGUUUUUACUUUAACUGCCUUUGUACUGACUAUACAUUGUAUUGUUUAAACAUGUUGUCUAAACAAUUUUGCUCAAUUUAAAGUUUAAAUUAUAGAACAUUGAAUUAAAUUAUUGGUUCAUUGAA